AUGGCAGCUACCGCACCGUUCGUACAUGGUACGUGCUGCGUCUGGCUGCGUUCAACAGUUCGUUGUGAACCAGCGACAAGGGUUGCGAGGGGCGCACUAACGGGAGGAGCGCAAGCAGCAAAAGGAGCCACGCCAGCUGCCUGUGUAGCAUCAGCUCGAACAGCAAUAAGAACAGCAGAUAUUCGUCUGAACCGGACUUCCCGUGUAUUGGGACUUCUGCAGGACCGUCCCCUUGGGACGGCCAUGCAGUCACGGUGCCACCGGCGCUCCCUCGCACCAACAACACCUGAAGUGACAGUGCUGCAGGCUAAUAUGCAGCAAAGGGCGGCAUUCUCUCCCAUGCGAACACAAUUCGCAGAACCCAGCAGCAGCAGCAUUGAUAUCAAGAGCAACAGCAAUGACUGCUCCAGCAGCACCAAAAAUAGCAGUGUCACCACCAGCAGCGAGAGCCCAAUAUCUAAGGUGCAGCGACAGCAGCAACGGCAUGUGGUCCAUUGGAACGUAUCCAAAAUGUGUCCCGUAUGCAAUAAGUCUGUGUCUCGAGGCCAAGUGGAGUAUUUGCCUUCUGCGUGCGCCGCUGCGUGGCGAUUUCUCAUGGGCUACUCCGUUAGCAGCAGGAAAUGCGGGCUCAUUGGGCAUAUGCAUGUGCUGCGCUACGCGGACCUUCGACAGCAGCAGCAGCUGCAGCUCGAGAUCAAUGAACGCCUUCAGCAACAACGUAAAACGGCAGAAGCGGAAGAGCCACCAGCUGUUAAGAAGCCGUGA